UAAACAGCCAACAUGUAUUAUUACACGGUCUUAUCUUUGAUUUUGGUUGUGAUUAGCGGCGCCUUGGCGGCUCCAUCUGAACGGAUUGAAACGGAUCCAGAGCUGACAGCUGGAUAUAUCGAGGGGGAUAUGGUUCCCAGUGGAUCGACCAGGAAUAUUUGGCGCAACGAGACCUACCGUUGGCCCAAUCGCAUUGUCUACUAUCACAUUAACAGCUAUAUAGAUGAAGAGCAUCGAAACCAUAUUAUUAACGGUAUUCGCAAAAUCGAAUCCAUUUCGUGCUUGACCUUCAAAGAGGCCACCACGGAUCAGAAAUAUUAUGUGAAUGUAACGUCCGAAGAGGGCGGUUGCUUCUCCUACAUAGGUUACCUAAACCGAGUUCAGCAACUGAAUCUUCAGAAUAAUGAGAUAGGAGUUGGAUGCUUUCGUCUCUAUACGAUUGUUCAUGAGUUCCUACAUGCUCUGGGAUUUUUCCACCAGCAGAGUGCAGCUAAUCGGGAUGAAUAUGUGCAAAUUGUGGAGGAGAACAUUACCGAAGGCAUGGAGUUCAAUUUCGAUAAAUAUACCGAGGAAACAGUCAAUGACUUCGGCGAGACAUAUGACUAUGGCAGCGUUAUGCAUUAUGGUCCGUAUGCCUUUUCCAAGAACGGUGAGAGAACAAUAGUGGCUUUGGAGGAGGGCAAGGAAGAUGUCAUUGGCCAACGACUGGAGCUGAGUGAAACUGAUAUCAAGAAGUUAAACGCCAUGUACAAAUGCCCAACUGUUUAACAACCUUUAUACUGCGUUUACCAGCGUCUUUUGCAACGUAAUGAUGAUAAAUUUCAUUUAUCAUCACAUUUUCGCCAAAAAUAUAAUCUGUUUAUUGUGUUGACAAAUGCAAUUAGGCGAAUGUUCAUCGCUGUCACUCGCUUUUAGAUUAA